AGGCAAAGUCAUUAAUAAGGAUUUGCGACAUUACCUGAGUCUUCAGUUUCAAAAAGGAUCAGUUGACCACAAACUGCAGCAAGUGAUCCGAGAUAAUCUCUACUUGAGAACCAUUCCAUGUACUACAAGGGCCCCCAGGGAUGGGGAAGUACCAGGAGUGGACUAUAAUUUCAUUUCUGUUGAACAGUUCAAAGCACUGGAAGAGAGUGGAGCAUUGUUAGAAAGUGGAACAUAUGAUGGAAACUUCUAUGGAACUCCCAAGCCUCCAGCAGAACCCAGCCCUUUUCAACCGGAUCCGGUUGAUCAGGUCCUCUUUGAUAAUGACUUUGACACAGAAUCCCAAAGGAAACGAACUACAUCUGUCAGCAAGAUGGAAAGAAUGGACAGCUCUCUUCCUGAAGAGGAAGAGGAUGAGGACAAGGAAGCUAUUAAUGGCAGUGGCAACACAGAAAACAGAGAGAGGCAUUCUGAGUCAUCUGAUUGGAUGAAGACUGUUCCAAGUUACAAUCAAACAAAUAGCUCCAUGGACUUUAGAAAUUAUAUGAUGAGAGAUGAGACUCUGGAACCACUGCCCAAAAACUGGGAAAUGGCCUACACUGACACAGGGAUGAUCUACUUUAUUGACCACAAUACCAAGACAACCACCUGGUUGGAUCCUCGUCUUUGUAAGAAAGCCAAAGCCCCUGAAGACUGUGAAGAUGGAGAGCUUCCCUAUGGCUGGGAGAAAAUAGAGGACCCUCAGUAUGGGACAUACUAUGUUGAUCACCUUAACCAGAAAACCCAGUUUGAAAAUCCAGUGGAGGAAGCCAAAAGGAAAAAGCAGUUAGGACAGGCUGAAAUUGGGUCUUCAAAAUCAGAUGUGGAAAAAUCACACUUUACACGAGAUCCAUCCCAACUUAAAGGUGUUCUUGUUCGAGCAUCACUGAAAAAAAGCACAAUGGGAUUUGGUUUUACCAUCAUUGGUGGAGAUAGGCCUGAUGAGUUCCUACAGGUGAAAAAUGUGCUGAAAGAUGGUCCUGCAGCUCAGGAUGGGAAAAUUACGCCAGGUGAUGUCAUUGUAGACAUCAAUGGCAACUGUGUCCUUGGUCACACCCAUGGAGAUGUUGUCCAGAUGUUUCAAUUGGUACCUGUCAAUCAGUAUGUAAACCUCACUUUAUGUCGUGGCUAUCCACUUCCUGAUGACAGUGAAGAUCCUGUUGUGGACAUUGUUGCUGCUACCCCUGUCAUCAAUGGACAGUCAUUAACCAAGGGAGAGACUUGCAUGAAUACUCAGGAUUUUAAGCCAGGAGCAGUGGUUCUGAAUCAGAAUGGAAAAUCGGGACACACCUUGACCAGUGAUCGUCUCAAUGGACCGUCAGAUCCAAGCGAGCAGAGAGCAUCCAUGGCAUCAUCAGGCAGCUCGCAGCCUGAACUAGUGACUAUCCCAUUGAUUAAGGGCCCUAAAGGUUUUGGGUUUGCAAUUGCUGACAGCCCUACUGGACAGAAGGUGAAAAUGAUAUUGGAUAGCCAGUGGUGUCAAGGCCUUCAGAAAGGGGAUAUAAUUAAAGAAAUUUACCAUCAAAAUGUGCAGAAUUUAACACAUCUCCAAGUGGUAGAGGUGCUAAAGCAGUUUCCAGUAGGUGCAGAUGUACCAUUGCUUAUCUUAAGAGGAGGUCCUCCUUCACCAACCAAAACUGCCAAAAUGAAAACAGAUAAAAAGGAAAAUUCAGGAAGUUUGGAGGCCAUAAAUGAGCCUAUUCCCCAACCUAUGCCUUUUCCACCAAGCAUUAUCAGGUCAGGAUCCCCAAAAUUGGAUCCUUCUGAGGUCUACCUGAAGUCUAAGACUUUAUAUGAAGAUAAACCACCAAACACCAAAGAUUUGGAUGUUUUUCUUCGGAAACAAGAGUCAGGGUUUGGCUUCAGGGUGCUAGGAGGAGAUGGACCUGACCAGUCUAUAUAUAUUGGGGCCAUUAUUCCUCUGGGAGCAGCUGAGAAAGAUGGUCGGCUCCGUGCAGCUGAUGAACUAAUGUGCAUUGAUGGAAUUCCUGUUAAAGGAAAGUCACAUAAACAAGUCUUAGACCUAAUGACGACUGCUGCUAGAAAUGGUCAUGUGUUAUUAACAGUAAGAAGAAAGAUCUUCUAUGGAGAAAAACAACCUGAGGACAACGGCUCUCAAGGCUUCAUUUCACCACAGAAUGGAUCUCCCCGCCUGAACCGAGGAGAGGCCCCAGCCAGGCCUCCGCAGGAGGCCUAUGAUGUUAUCUUGCAACGAAAAGAAAAUGAAGGAUUUGGCUUUGUCAUCCUCACCUCCAAAAACAAACCACCUCCAGGAGUUAUUCCUCAUAAAAUUGGCCGAGUCAUAGAAGGAAGUCCAGCUGACCGCUGUGGAAGACUGAAAGUUGGGGAUCAUAUCUCUGCAGUGAACGGGCAGUCCAUUAUUGAACUGUCUCAUGAUAACAUCGUCCAGCUGAUCAAAGAUGCUGGAGUUGCUGUCACACUGACGGUCAUUGCUGAAGAUGAGCAUCCUGGUCCACCAUCAGGAACAAACUCAGCCCGGCAAAGCCCAGCCCUGCAGCACAGGCCCAUGGGACAGUCACAGGCCAACCACCUCCCUGGGGACAGAAGUGCCCUAGAAGAUGAGGCUGGAAAAGAUGGCUCCACGUACAGACACUCAUGGUCUGACCACAAGCACCUCGCACAGCCUGACACUGCGGUGAUCUCCAUCGUAGGCAACCGGCACACUCAGAGCCUCGGCUGUCACCCAGUGGAGCUGGAGAGAGGGCCCCGGGGCUUCGGGUUCAGCCUCCGAGGGGGAAAGGAGUACAACAUGGGGCUCUUCAUCCUGCGUCUUGCUGAAGACGGUCCGGCCAUCACAGACGGCAGAAUCCACGUUGGUGACCAGAUUGUUGAAAUCAAUGGAGAACCAACACAAGGAAUCACACAUACUCGGGCAAUUGAGCUUAUUCAGGCCGGUGGAAACAAAGUCCUUCUGCUUUUGAGGCCGGGAACUGGCCUGAUACCUGACCAUGGUGAUGGGGAUAUUAAUAAUCCUUCAUCCGCAAAUGUGAUUUAUGAUGAACAGUCACCAUUUCCCCCAUCUUUACAUUCUGCUUCCGUAUUUGAAGAGUCUCACGUGCCAGGAACUGAAGAGUCUUUAAUGAGAGUUCAGAGAUGUGAGAAGGCAGAAGAACUAAAGGACAUUGUGCCUGAAAAGAAAAGCACUUUAGAUGAAAACCAGUCUGAGAUGAAACAUCAGUCUCUUUUCCAGAAAAAUGUGAAUAAGAGGGACCCACCCAACAGUCAUGGGCACAGUGACAAGAAAAAUCUAGGAAGAGUAGAAAACGGUGGUGCACAGAGAGGUAGAUCUGUUAGUCCCAAAAAGUCAGCCAGUCGACAUUCAGAGGAAUAUUUGGAAAAGAUUUCCGGUCCUCCAAAAAAUAAUCCUAAAACAAGAGCCAGAGAUCGAUCGCUCAGCCCCAGGAAAGGGGAGAAUAAAAGUUGUCAGACCAGCACCAGGGCAGGGUCUGGACCAGAUCAUUGCAGAAAAAGCAGAGGACGGUCUUCCAGCCCAAGGAAGCAGCAAAAAGUUGAAGGAAGCAAAGAUCCAUCAAAUGCUGAGGCCAAAUUAUUAGAGGGUGAGAGUCAAAGACUAGUGGGCCAUGCCAGCAGGAACGCUGAGCAGAUCCCUGAGGGGGGAGAAAAGUCAGGGGUCGUCCAGAAAGAGACAAAGCAGAGUUCACUGGGAAAAAACAGAACAAGGUCUCCAGAGAAGAGAGGCAAAAGAGUGGGUGAAAAGUCUCCUCCAUCCAGAAAGACCACUCAUGCUCCCAGUAGAGUAGUGUCUGGAAAUGAAAAAGGAAAGAAAGCGACAGCCAUAGGAGAAACAAGUUCUGGUAAAGAGAAAACAGGAGAUAGUGUCCAGAUGCCAGAAAAGCAGCUGAGGCAGGAAGCUGAAGAGAGGAUGGUUUCAAACAAAACAGAGGACCACAAAGGGAAAGACGUGGAAGCCGCUGACAAGAACAGAGAGCCCGGAAGGCUCAGACCCGAAGGCGGUUCUCCAGUUAAGAGAACACCAAUAACUCCAGGGCCUUGGAAGGUGCCCAGUGGAAGCAGAGUCACAGGCACUCCUGGUAGGGCUGAAGAACGGCUGUAACUCUUAGUACAAAACAAAGAAAAACCAGCUGUCUUCUUUUCAUACGAAAAAGCAGCGUUUUUCCAGCAAAAACAGGAGGCAUUUUCCCCCCAGAAAUUCCGAAACACGUAAGUACGUUUUCGUUUGAGCAUCAAGCUCCCCAGGCUGCAUGAAGGGCCUUUGGGAUUGCUGGAAUCCCCUGGCCCCAGCCGGUGUGCUCCCCACACGCAGGAAGGAGCUGCACCCUGGGCUCACCUGACACGCCCUGCUCAGGCUGCCCGGCUCGUCUGAACAAGCCACGUGUGUCGGUCUUAACAGUGUGGUCACAGCUCUCUUUGUGUCUGUGCCAAGUGAUCUACUGUCUCACGUCUGUUUUAUCCUUCUCAUUCAGCUAUUUCCACGGUAACGGAAAAGUUAGGUUCGGCUUGGAAGCUGAUGUUCCCAAUAGCAUGUUGCAUGUUUACCGAGAGAAGUAUCUGAGUCCUUGCAGAAGAGAUCGUUAACUCAUCGUUAAAGAUGGCAGUUUUCUCUUCUAACAGCUACUGAUGUCCCAGUUUAAAAACAAAACUCUAUAACAUCCCUACUUUAAAGAAAGAAAAUGUGGUCAAAUAUGGAUGCUUUCUUUGGCUUUUUAAUUUGGCUGGUUAAAGUGUUUCAAAUAACUGUUAAAGAUAUGACUUACAACUGAAUGUCAAAAUGAGACAGGACUUUAAGCAAUAGCGUUCACCUCCUGCUGUGUUAUCCAACCUUAAUGUAGUUAGAGCAUCUCAGGUUGCCCUUUCUGUUUGCUAUUUCAUAAUGAAACCACAGAGAAGCAUGUGGAAAUAGCACUUACUGUUCAAAGAAAACCUACCAGCUGUCUAUUUCUGGAUAUUUUGGUUGUACCUACUACUAAAGUCACGAGUCUAAUACAUAAUACAUAUCUGAAGAGUCAGAUUACGAGGUUGUACGAGGGACUUCAUCAUGAAAGCAGUUUCACAGUCCACUGACAGAUCAAGUACCAGCUUUUCUGGGAGCAGAUGUACAAGUCCGGGUGAUCAGAAUCAGAACGUGUCUAAGGUCUACCCGGCAAGUCGGGACGGACGUGGCAGACAGGGCUUGCUGGGUCUUACUUAGUCUUACUUUUUAGCUGCAUUAACUUUAUUUUAAGACAAGAAAAGGAGACCAAACAUCUGUUUAGCUUACACGAAUUUUCAGAAUUACUUUUAAAAGAUGUUUGUUGGGAGUUGGAGACAGUUGACUCCAUAAAAAUAGACCCUGAAGCAGCAUUCAGUAGCAUCUAUAAAUAAAGGCAUUUUCUCAGAAUAGAACAAUUCUCUGGGGUUUGAACACACUUGUUCUGUCACCUGGGGUUCAUCGUGUUGUGAAACCCAUUAUGUCCAGGUCCUUUCCUCCAACAGUGACUAUGAAACUCUUUGAUCCAACAACUGUAUCGGCCCCUGUAGAUAAGACAUGCUUCCCAGAGUGAGAUUUUGAAAUCCUUUUUUCGUCCAGAACUAUAUUUACCUACCUAUUGCAACUACUCAAAUAGAGCAAAAUUAGGAGGCUUGAUAAAUGCUAAGACGUUAGCAUCACAGAAAUGAUUUAUUUUCCCUAUAGCCCACACGUAGUGAUACAAAUCCUAUUUUUACUGUUAAGUGUGACAUAACUUUGGUGUCGUAUGUUGUCAGUCUGAUGUGGCUCUUCCUUCCUAAGUAACCUGUCCCUGUACUGAUUAUAUACUGACUUAGCAAUGUGGCCUUGGAAUGCUGAGCAAAACAUGGAUGUACUGGUUGUAAAUGUUUAUAUAUUGUACAGUACCUUUCUAUAUACACUUGAGGUUCUGAUUAGAGAAAGAUCUGUAAAUCGCUCGUUAUUUUUUAUAUAGAUAUUAAAAAAACACAAAAAAA